GGGCAGGGUCGGAGCGCGACAUGGAGAAGCCGCGGCGGGCGGUGGUGGUGACGGGGUUUGGUCCAUUUGGAGAACAUGCUGUUAAUGCCAGUUGGAUUGCAGUUCAGGAACUGGAGAAGCUAGGACUGCGAGAUGAUGUGGAUCUGCAUGUGUAUGAAAUCCCUGUUGAAUAUCAGACCGUGCAAAGACUAAUUCCUGCAUUAUGGAAAAAGCACAGUCCGCAACUGGUGGUUCACGUGGGUGUUUCGGGUAUGGCUACAACUGUAACUCUGGAGAAGUGUGGCCAUAAUGUAGGUUAUAAAGGCUUAGACAACUGCCGCUUCUGCCCAGGCUCUCAGUGUUGCGUAGAAGGUGGCCCAGAAUGCAUCGAUUCAAUUAUUGACAUGGACACAGUUUGCGAGAGAGUCUCAGCACUGGAGCUGGAUGUCACUGUCACUAUAUCUAAGGAUGCGGGCAGAUACCUUUGUGACUUCACUUACUAUACUUCCUUGUAUCAGAGCCGUGGGAGGUCUGCUUUUGUUCAUGUGCCUCCACUGGGAAAACCGUAUACUGCAGAACAGCUGGGUCGGGCACUACAGGCUAUAAUAGAAGAAAUGCUUGAUGUUUUGGAGCAUUCUGAAGAAAAAAUCAAUUGUCAGCAUGAACACUGAAACUGGGCAGAAACUACCUUAGUAUUGCACUUCCAAAAUUUUCCCUGCUACAGAGGUACUGGGGAGGACAGUCUGUCUGAAACGUACAGAACAAGAAUUGGAGACUUCAAAAAUGAAAAUUCCACUUCUAGAAAUCGACUUUUUUUUGGUCAAAAAUGUGCAUUUCAGCCUAGGCAACAAAGGAUUCAAAAUCUCUUCUUUUAAACACCUGCAACUACUCAUUUCUGCAGUGACUGAAGUAUGUGUGCUGUGCUUUACCCAGGGCUCAUCUGUCAGUCAAGUGACAGCUACUGACCAGUCUAAUACAGCACAGAUGGAAAGUUUCUCAUCAAGACUUGGCAUUCAGGUGCGGGGAAUUGAUAAAACCAUCUUCUAAUGACUAGUUCUUAAGUUGAAAGGUUUGCUUUCAUUUUGUUUUGAUUUUCCUUUUUGACCCAAAUUAUAGAUCAUAAUGUAAAAGUAUAACUGAAAAUAGUUGGAAUGAUGUGGCUUUAUCCAUUGUAAAACAGUACUUGUUGGAGACAAGGAGUCCUCUAAAUUGCUUUGCUAAAAUUUAAAAAUAUUUUAGGCACUGAUUUCUCACACACACACCAAUUGCCACAUAUUAGUGGGGCUCUCUGUAAUGUACUGGUUAACUGGUAGCUGCAAAUAGGAGGAAUGUGUUCUGGGUUCCUUUUGCUGUGAAGCAGGAGAUAGCUUUUUGUACACAGUAUGAACCUACCUUGCGCCAAAUACUUCCAAAUGUCUUUUUUAUUAUGAUCUUGAUGCCACCUUCCUCACUCAAAUCAACCAUAUACCUCCUGUACAAAAUGCAUUGUUUCGUAUGUGUAUAAAGCAAAUCAUUAGCGGUUAAAUAGCUUUGCUAAAGGCCACUUUCUCUGCAGGAGAUCUUUAUCCUAGACUCAUGGUGCUAGCUGUUAUUUUUAAGGUGAAGGUUGAGUAAUUUAUAACUUCCUUAGUUAUAAAUUUUCAUUCUCGUUAGAGGUUAGAUGAAGAGUAAUGUUUAACUUAAAUUCUGAGUUGUCACCUUGAUUUAUUAUAGGCAUAAAUAUGCUAACAUGUGAAUUCAAAGAUAUUUUGCCAAAUCAAAUAUUCUAAAAUCUUAAACCUAUUCCCACUGUCUGUAAACCAGAGACAGUUUUCUGAAAACUAAGAGUUUUGCCUAGAAUGAGUAGUCCAGGUUGUUUAUUAGUGCCCCCCCUCCCAAUGGGAGAAUGUGAAGCGCCGCUUCUUAUGUGGACUUUCCAAGUAAUUUAUUUGGGAAAAUGUGUAUACAGGUUCUGAGCAGGACUUUAAAAGUUAUUUAUGCUAGGAGUAUCAUUUGGUUCCAAAUUACAAGACUCCCAUGAAAGAAAGAGAAUGCCAUAGUGGGAACAGAAAUAAAAUUGGUGGUUGAAGACCAGGAUGUCUCGUUAAGGAGUCACUUAAAUGAGAAGGCCUGUGCUUUGAUUCUAAUAACUUUACAAAUAUAUGUAUAUAUAUAAAAAUCCCAAGAUUUUGAAACUUUUUAGAAUAUCAUUAUUUUAAUUUUUCUAAUUAUGGAUGAUUUUGCUACAGUAUCUCUCAGUGAGAGCUGCUAUUAACUUGCUGUUUUCCAGUAGAAGUUUGGUGAGGAAGAAAAUACCACUUCUCCUUGUAACUCUUGAGAGAGGAUGCAGACUUUUGCGGUUGUAAUAACUUUGCUAAGGGAAGCUCUGUAUGAAAAUGUUUGGAUAUACUUCUGGCCUACCAACCAAAAUACUACUGUACUUUCUAUCAAACGAAUUUGCCUUCAAAGUAAAUGUUUUCUUUUGCAUUAAAAUACAAAGUAGCACUUAUCAGAUUGUCAGGCAGGCAGGCAGACUUUCUGAUUAGUAAUUUAUUAUAUUUAAUGUUUUGUUUAAGUAUUGGUGAUUUGACGCAUUUUUGCAAAUAGUUAAGGUACUUACCUUCUUGUAGGUUUAUUCCUUUAUCUGGUAAGAAGUUUUUGUCAUCAGUGUAUCUUAGCUGCUAAAUUUAUCAGUGUUUAUCUGUGGAACGUUUUGUGCCUCCUUUGAGUAUAAGCAGUCAGCCUUGGAGAUCUCCACUCGGUGGCAUUCACCUGAGGUGCUGAGGAAUUAUGCGCAGUUUUCCCGAGGAAGAAAACUGCCAGAUUUGUUCAGCAGGGAAGGUAGAAGGCGGCAGCUUCGUGGCGAGAACCUCUUUCCAAGUUAGUUCAUUCAGCUUGUGGAAUUUUUCCUGUUCAACGCCUAUAGCUGUUCUUUCCAGAAGUGUAUCGUUGGUCCUCUCUGCCAUUCAAAGGAAAAACCCAAGUUGAUUUCAGUGACUUCUGUUUGUCUAAGAACUGCAGUAGUGACCUUCUACAUAUCAGUGUUAAAAUUCUCAUUUUCAGAAGUACUUUGCCUUGAGCGUCAUUUUAAACUGUGCAUUUCCUCAUAAUUGUUUUUGUGACACUUCCAUGUGAUCAAUUUGUUAGACAAUGUUAUUUAUUUUUUAGUCUUUUUGUUCUUGAGAAUUAGUCAUCAGAGUUUGUAUUUGUAAAGGGUGUCUUGGUGGUAGAGAAAUUUUGUAUAGCGAAACUUUUUAAAAUGGCAUUAAAUGAAUUUUAUUUAAUCUCAACCUAAAUUAAAUACUUUUUUUAAAAAAGUCUUUUUAUUAAAUUCAUUAAUUCAUAAUAUCUUUCCAAGAGCUGCAUAUUUUCUUUGGAAAUAUGACACAAAAAUGAUGCAGAGCUUCAAAGAGCUGGUGUUUUAUGUAGUGCUUACUAUCUGCUUUUUCUUCCAGAUCAUCAAUAAAUAGAAUUUGCUAAUUUGCACUGACUGGGAGACCUGUUGCCAACUACAAACAUUUUCAUGCUAGUGAGUAAGUGUAGGAAGUUCAGGUUUACUGUUUAUUGCUUUGCCUGCAAUUUGUAAAAUGCAAACACUGAUAAUAUUUUAGAAUCUUAUGACUGCAAACUUGGGUCUCAUAAUACACUUUGCUGAGAAAUGGGUGUGAGAAUAUUUUGUGUGGAAGAGAGAAUUAGGGAGGUUCCACUGUACUGGGUCUGAUGUAAUUUUAUGUACUUGCCAACAGCUUGGAGUAGCGAUUGGCUAACGAGUGGGUGAAGUUUGUUGAUGACAAUUUAAUUGUUUUGGUUAUUAAAUGCUGUGGGGGAUUUUGAGGAACUCCAGAUACUCAUAAACUCCUUGAUAAACUGGUGACUAUGAUGUCAGAAGAUAUUUCCUUUGAGUUAAGACAUGGUAAUCUACUUUAUGAAACACAACAAAAAGAUAGAAAAAAAUCCUGUGAGCUUGAAAGCUUCUUUACCUUAAGACUAGUGGGGCUAUGAUGGACUAUUGCACGGAUCUAUCUGCUUUUUGACAGCUUUUGGAAAGGAUGUCAAGAUCUGUAAGGUCAUGUGGAACAGUUCAUGCUUAUUUGGAGUAUUUCCCAACGUGAUUGGUUCCUCUUAAACAUGGUGGUAGUGGGAAAGGAUGAAAAAGUCACGAAGAUGGUGAGAGGUAUUGAGUGUGGUUGUGACAUGAGACUGCAGCCAGGAACUGUUUGACUUAGAGGGUUUUUCAGGGAGGGGAACUGACUGAGGAUGUUCAAAAGUUUAGGACUUGAAAACUGGCCAGUUGUUCUGCUUUCAUCGUGAUGACGAGGGAGGCUGAGAUGGGGGAUCUAGAGAAAAUGUGAAAGAAAUGCUACUUCCUGCAUCCCAGCUGUGGGAUUCGCGGGUGGCCCCUUGCGGAAACGGGGAAGGCAUUUGUCUGCACGCAGUGUCGCUUUCGAAAGCGUUGCGAGUUGUCGCUGCUCUGCUGAAGCACCGGGAGGACUGCUGCCCACAGCGGAGUUGACUUGCUGAGCCGUGGCUCUGAUCUAGUGUGUCACCUUAUCUUUAUCUCCUUAGGAUUUGUACUGCAAGUACUGUGGUAGGUCAGGUAGGAAACCGUGCUAUUUGUAUUUACUUACCUAGACAGUCUCACUUAGAUGUAGCAUUCAAACUGCAGUGUUUCUCUCUCGUUGUUCUGCCAGUUGUGCAGGCAAUAUUUAACCUUCUAGUGCCUCAGUCAGCUAGCAAAAGGUGUUAUUCCAGGCCGCUGUCACUCAGCGGCAUGCCUGGAGUAAGAACUCAAGAGCUUCCAGGCCUGCAGACUUGCAAAUGGAUAGCACAGACUCCCAGUGUUGUUAUUUUUGUUGAUGAAAGGUUUUUAAAAACUUAGUGUACUGAAGUUUCUUUUAAUACUUGAAUAUUUUCAUUCUAGUGUGUAAUUCAAUGAUCUUGCAUGCAGGCUUUCUUAUGAAAUGUAUAAAAGGAAUUGCAACAGGAAAAGAUUCCUAAAACCAAAAAUGGGAAAAAUAUGUAAAUGAGUUGAAUUGAUAAUUCCCCGCUAACACAAAAGCUAGCGCUAGACUAAAUCAGCUGUUAUGAUUUGACUAUGCUGUAUCAUGGUUUAACUAGUUGUGACUUGUGCUUCUUUUUAACUUAUAGGGUGUUUCUAACUCUCUAACCAUGCAAUUUAUGUUCAGACACGAAGCUACUUCAAGAAUGAGCGGUAGUGUUUGAAAACUGACUGGAAACCAAUGUUUAGAUGUAGAAAGUACAAUUGUGUGUUUUUAUUAAUUAUGAUUUUCAGAAUUCAUUCAUCAGUGCAGCUAUUAAAAUUGUUAGCAAUUGACUUGUAUGCUUAGAACAUACUUUCACAAAGUAACUUCACUCCUGUUGUCUCCUUACUUACUUUAAUAUGCUGUCCAAUAAUAUUUUAAUGAAAUUUCAGAGUUGCAAAGACUUGUUUUCAAACUUUACUUGUUGGCAUGGAUAAAAUAUCACUAGUUGAUUUUGCAGUAUAAAAUGCACUUUUUCUUAAAAACUUGUAUUCAUAUCUGGUUAGUGUCUUAUGUGACUAGAGUGACAGUUUUGCCAAACCUGCAAAGUAGAAACAAAGCUGAGAAUAUUGUUGAUUCUUCACCUUGUUAAUUGAAACCUGAGAUCUGCUUCUGUUCAGUCUAUUUUAAGACAAAAUAGAGAACAAAAUGCCUCCCAAUAAAUAGGAAUCAGAUAUAGGAAAUGAGACUAUACACUGCCCUUAAAUAAGUCUGUGCUACUUAAAUACACGUUCAGGUUUUAUAUUGCACCAGCUUCUUGAAUUGAAAAUGUUUACUUUGAUUGAACAGGGAGUGCCUUGUCCUGUGCUGGGCUUACUUUUGGAAAGCAGAAUGGCGGUGAUGGGGACAGAUGAGCCAUUUGCACCUAAGGUGGGUGGAAAGACUGGGCUUUUAUUGCUAGGAGAAACUACUGAAGUUACUCAGUGUCUCCUUUAUCCAAGUAUGCUCUUUAGAAAGUGCACUGAAUUGAGUUCUUGAGGUUUUCUGAAACACAUUCAGACCCAACAAAGGAAAAGCAGAAUAUUUGCUACUUAACUUGUCCUUGUCGGUUAGAUUGGCCAAAUUCUUUACAGUUAUCCUGUCUGUUCUUUAAGGUUUUGUGUUUUGUUCAGACUUGGUUAUGCAUGUUGUAGCAUUGCUGAGCCUUUUGGGUCCCCCUUUUGUUAACUGUGGUGAAAUACCCAAACAGACAAUUGUUUAUCUCAGGUGUAAUCUCAUGCUUAUCAGGACUCUCAGAGCUACAAUUAUAAAUCUGUUGGGGCUUCUGUUUUUCUCAGUGUGUUCUUGCAGUGCCUUGUAAAACCAAACAAUCUAGUGUGUCACGAAAGGGCUGUGUAAUAAAGAACCGUUAACAUACUUUCGGCUUGCUAUUGCUAGACUGGACUUUGUACCUGAAAAUUUAAACUGAUAUUUCAAAGUAAAUAAAGAGUUUAACUCUG